CACCACUCAGAUGGCCCUUCCUUAGGUUCUUUUCGCCCUCUAGUCUUCUGCGAGGCGGCGCCGGAGUGAGAGUCGAAGAAUCGGUGAGAUGGUGCAGAGGUUAACCUACCGCAAGAGGCAUAGCUAUGCCACCAAAUCUAAUCAGACUCGCGUCGUCAAAACCCCAGGGGGGAAGCUCGUGUAUCAGUACACGCAUAAGAGAGCCAGCGGCCCGAAAUGCCCUGUUACCGGGAAGAGGAUUCAAGGGAUUCCUCACUUGAGACCUACCCAGUACAAGAGAUCCCGACUGUCCCGAAACAGGAGGACUGUUAACCGAGCCUAUGGUGGAGUGUUAUCUGGUGGUGCAGUAAGAGAAAGGAUCAUUCGUGCUUUUUUAGUCGAAGAGCAGAAGAUCGUGAAGAAAGUUCUGAAGAUUCAGAAGGCUAAAGAAAAGCAAACAUCCAAGAGCUAAGCCAUCAUUUGAAAUGCCAUCAUUUGAAGAGUCUAAAUGCUUUACUCUCAUUUUGAAUUUUGUUUGUUUUUCACUCGAUCUAUAUCUUUAUGGCAACUUUAAAGACAAUAGUUGGUUGAAUUGUUUGUCGUUUAUCUGCAUGCUGAACAAGUGAAUUAUUAUAUUUCCUGAAAUCUAGUAGGUUUUUAUUGGA